AUAUAUGAUGGAGGUUAUCAUCUGUUUGGUGUGGCCACCUUAAAACAUUCAUUGCAAUCAAAAUAGAGAAUUAGGUUGUCUGACAGGGUCCAAGAAUCAAACAUUAUUAUCAAGAUUCUUGGACCUUUUCUUAUUUUUCUUUCAAUAGCAUGCAACCUCGAUUUGUUUCAACCUUUAUAAGGUUAUUGUAUUAUCAGUUCCACAAUCCACCAGCCCACCAGCUGUUAAUCAUCAUCCUGCAAUGGGGAUAAGGCUUGCAAAACAAGGGCCAAAGAAGAGCAGCUACUUCCACCAGCAACAAAAUCUGCUUCUCAAUUACCUCUUCCGAAAUUGUUACAUACGUAACUUGGUCUCGAAGAAGAGAAGGCGGUUGCUCGUCGGAGGCUAUGAUCUAGACAUGACUUAUAUAACCGACAGAGUUCUGGCAAUGUCGUUUCCUGCAGAACACGUGCGGGCUAUGUAUAGGAAUCCUUUAUGGCAGGUUAAAUCGGUUCUCGAUAUGAGGCAUUAUGGACAUUAUAAGGUCUAUAACUUGUGUAUAGAACAAAGUUAUGAUUCAGCACAUUUUUAUGGUCGCGUUCAGAGGUAUCCAAUUGAUGACAACCAUGUCCCAACUCUCCAAAUGAUCAAGGAUUUUUGCGAAGAUGUGCAUUCAUGGCUGUCAAGUGACCCAAAGAACAUUGCUGUCAUACACUGCAUGGCAGGUAAAGGUCGAACAGGCAUGAUGGUAUGUGCAUACCUGGUUUACACAGGCAUGUCAGCAGAGGAAGCUCUUCAAGUGUAUGCCGAGAAGCGUACCACUAACAAUGAAGGAGUUUCAAUACCAAGCCAGCGACGUUAUGUUGGUUAUUGGGAGAAGGUUCUUUCCUCCUCUAAGAGAGUUGGUUGUGCCCUUAGGUGUGUGGAACUGGGUAAACCGUAUGCUCGAGAGCUUAGGAGCAUUCGGUUAUAUGAUACAGUAGAUGUUGAUUCAAUCUUUUUUGUUGUCUCCGAGUUGCAAAAUAUUCCAGGAGAGAGAUAUGCCCCGCCUGUGGAAAUCUCAAAGAGUUGUUGCAGACGAAACAAGUGUGGCCUUCAAAGAGCCAAUAGCCCUAGGUAUUAUUAUUCGUACCUCGAGGAAGAGGAUCAACCACCAGAAGAGAAGGAGCCGCGAUUGGUGAUCCAAAUGGACACAGAAAGUUCCAUUCUCUACCACAAGACCUGCCUUGACUACUACUACGAAAAUCCUUUGCAAGUGGCAGGAGAUGUACGUAUAAUAUUCUACGAGAAGCUCAUCGGAGGGCGUCUCUUUUAUGCCUGCUUCAACACUUCUUUUAUUAAGAGCGGCCUGUUACAGCUUUCUCUGCGAGAAAUGGACAAAGUUGGAAACAAGGGUAGGUCGAUAUGUGGCCCGACAUUCUGUGUGGAGUUGAUCUUCGGUCCGGCAAAUCCAAGCACCUUACUCACACCUCAGUCAUCAGAAGUUGAAAGAAGGAUUGAACAUCACACUUUGUUCAUGUAGAGUAUUGUGUGGCAUAUGGGGCCUGCAUUUUUGUAUAAAGGCUACAUGAUUUAAGAGCCAAAUGCUCUCCACUUUACUUCCUCUAUCCCAAAAAUUUACUUGGCAUGCUUAAAAAUGAAAUUGUAUGGUUGUGAUUG